CCAGUCCUCAGUCAGCCUCCGAGUGGUUCGGACGUGUCUAAGGAGUCCCGCUCUUGCUUGUCUGUCCGUCUGUCUGUCUGUCUCUCUAACCUCCCUCCCCACCCCAAAACCACCCAACCCCCAAGGAGAAAAAAACCCCCCUUGAUCCUCAAGUGUCCUCUCAUAGGAUCCGAAAAGUGUCCUACUCGGAAGUGCCCCCCCGUCCCAAAAUGAGGUUCCUGCUUGGAUUGGUUAUCUGCGUGGCCCUGGCGGCUGCCGUUCCAGAUCCAGAUCCGCAGAGCGGGCUGUUUAGGGGUCGGAAGAUCGGCGGAGGCCGACCGGCCAUCGGCAGCAGGAACCGAGCGGAGGAGAAGCCAGCCACGACCAACACCCGGGCCAGCAGCGCCACCAGACCAGCCGCAGCUGCUGCCAGCCCUCCUUCCACUGCUGCCCCUUCAAGAUCUGCCCCUAUCAAGCAGGUCGACGCCAGGUGCAAUGAAAAUGCCUGCUCUCCUGGUUAUUCGAAGUUCCAGAACAGAUGUUAUAAGGUCUACGAUGCUUUGACACCAGUGGACUUCGCAACCGCCCAGAGGAAAUGUCAAGCCGACGGAGCUAUCUUGGCAGCCGACAAGACCCCUCAAGUGCACAACUUCCUGAAGACCCUCCUGAAGCCCUAUCUGUCGGAGACCGUAGACUCCCAGUACCGCCGAGCCUUCAUCGGUCUUAUGUGCCAGGACAAGUGCGAGUCUCCCACCAACUGGUUGUACGCCGAUGGUUCUCAGUGCAGCCAAAAUGACUUCUGUGACUGGCAAAAGACUGGUUCAACCAACGAAUGGAACGCCCUUCCCUCCAGCCUCUACGGAGCCUCCAUCGCCGCUAUGUUGGAUGACUUCCCUGAUACUGAUUACCGCCAGAAACUCCAGCCCUACCCUGCUGAUCACUCACUCCAGUACAUGAUUUGCGAAAAGGGUGAUGACAGCACCGACCACUUGAAGCCCCGCCAACUGGCCGUGAACGAGCGCCUCUCCAACGUGGCCGUCGAGUGGCAGCGCCCUGCCUGCAACGGAGAUAUCUCCUCCUACAUCCUCGUUCUCUUGGGCGGAACCACAUCCUACGAUACUGAAAUGAAGUGCGACACAGCCGAGUGCUCCUUCCUCCUGAAACCCGAAGAGUGCAACCACUGCAUCCACCCCAACACCGACUACACCUUCAGCGUCGCCGCCGUCCUGGCUGACUCUCAACUCGGACCUGCCAUCACCGUCAGCAAGAAAAUCGAUGUCGAGACCUGCCCCAACUUCGAGACUCCCAUCCACACCGUGUCCACCUGCCGAGGUGUGUCCGAGGUAGUCCAUGAUGGCUCCUGCGACAUCCGAAUCACCUGGAGCAAAGGAUCCAUGUGCGAAGCCGUUUGCGAGUUAGGAUACGGAUUCUUCGAGCAGCCAUCUCCAAAAUACAGCUGCGACAACGGAGGCGGCUGGCAGCCAGCUGGAAAGGCACCCGAGUGUUACGAAAUCGUACCCGUGUUCUCUGCCAACCUCCAGUUCAAGAUCAGCUACAAGCGCGCAAGCAUCGAGGACCUCCAGCACCAGUUCGAUGGCCUCGUGUACAAGUACAACGAUAUCUUCUGCCCUUACCCCGAGGAAUGCGGCAUCGGAGACCUGCAGAUCAAGAGUGCUCUGGACGAAGCCGGCGACAAGGUCAGCGAAGUGAUCAUCACCAUCGAUACACCCGUGUACAAUAUCACCGACCAGUCCGGCUUCAUCGACCUGGUGCGCGAAGCCGUGCACACCGUCACGGAGGACAACGCCUUCAUGACCCUCAUCGAUUACGACAACAUCGCCCUCGUACUGCCCGUCAAGAACGAGAGGGAGUUCAAGGCCGACCCUCAGCUCUGUUGCCACACUUGCCCAGAAGGACACGCCUACAGGCUUGGAAACUGCGUGCGAUGCCCCAACCCGGAUUGUGCCUAGAAGAGGUGAGCCCUUCCGGAAGCUGCACCAGCCCUUUUUAUACAGUACCUCAGCCCUUCAUGUGCUUCGUGGGAACUCCUCAAAGCCACGUGUGCAUCAGCAAACCAAAAUUGAUUCCGAGCCUCUUUCUCUCCCUUCUGAUCUUAGAUAUUAGAGGAAUUAGAUCCCCUUUCGAGUACGUCACCACCUUUUAGGUGUGAAUGGAUGGUACAAAGUAUGCUCACGUUAGUUGACAAAAACAAUUCGGUCUAUAGAGUCCAUCGAGCGAAAUAGAGAAAAUAGUUCUUCUUCUUGCAACAGAAACUUUUAAAAAGUUUUCGUCUGAUAAAUCAGAAUGGUCUCUCUUUCUCAUAUAUCCUUCUUGUUAUAUCACUAUAUAACAAAGUGGGACAGUGAGUCUAAAACAAUGUCACUAGUUUUUUUGUGUGUGAUUUUAUUUCUUUUAUUUUGCUGAUAACAUUCGGGGCAGUCGAUGCACAUGUGUUGUUAUCCUUCAGGUCCUUCGGCACUCCUGAGGGUGUCAGGAACCUGCUGGGUCUAUUUCUCUCUACUGUAUGACAUGAAAAUACGUUCUAUUACUCCUGCGUUUUUGUGUCCAUUUAAAAAAAAAAUAUAAAAAAAAAUAUUGCUCUACCAUUUUUCAAUUUCAUUUCGAAUUUCCAGCGAGGAUUUGUUUCUGAAAGAAGUCCUUUUCCAAAACGUAACUUUUUUUUUUUUUUUUUUUUUAACUUUAAUAAAGGUAACUUGAAUAAUGGUAGACUGUAUUUUUUAUUCAACUAAACCUCCAGAAGACGGAGCAGCCAUUUUUUUCCCCAAAAUUCAUUUCGGAUUUAUUGUACUGUCUGUUGAAAUGUAUUGCCUUAAGGAAAUCAUUAUUUUUGUAAUCAUCUCUUCCCCCCGUGCUACUUGAGUUGUGUAGAAGAGAGAGGGAGAGAGAGUUGAAGAGAGUGAGAGUGAAAGAGUUGAAGAGAGAGAGAGAGAGAGAGAGAGAGAAUGAGGUUGUACGAGUGAGCGAGAAAGUUGUGAAACCUACAGUAUUGUAAAUUACUUUGAUUCUCUAUUACAAAAUUAGUACUAACUUUUUGUAAAUGGAACUUUGAUGAUAUUUUUUUAUAUGAUGAAUGUAUGGGUGUCUCUCCUGCAUAUGCUCAUGUAAUAUACACGCACAUUGUGUCAAUGAUUUUAUAUAUAUACUGAGUUUUUUCAUAUCUCAGUGUUAGCGUAAGUUGUUAUUUAAAGAAAAAAUUAGAAUUAGGUUUAAAAGUUUUUUUCUCUCGUAGCUUUUUUUAUAGCCUGUCAUUACAAAGAAAAACUUUUUUUUACCUUUCAGUCUUUUAAGUAAGUUCAGUGUCUGAUUCUGAACAGAAACAGAUAUUGGGAUUACAAACCCUUAAUUUUUUUUAAUUAACCAAACAGAUUUAUGUAAUCAGUUUCAUCUUUAGGGACGAAUACCCAAACCUUUGUUCCCCAAAGUCUGUCAGUGAUAAUCAUUAGAAAGUAAGUCUUUGGGGCAGAUCUUUUGUGCCUUCUACUCAAUAGACUCCCUUGUCUUUUUUGUGUACCUUUUUUGCUAACAAUUAUUCCAGGGAGGCUGAAACAUGUUUCUUGUGAAAGAUUUUGUCCAAUUUUCGUAACAAGUUGCAAAAUUAAACCCUAAGGUUGUCAGUUAUUUUUGUUUUACAAAAUCAGGUAUAUAGUAUUUUAGCUAAUAUUUUUCUUCAGGAAACAGAUCCAUGCAUCAGUAUGUCAAUAAUUUUAGCCAUCUUUUUUAUAUUUUACAUUUUAUCUGUCCCAAUAACCUUAAACCUGCACUGACUUGUUGAUGAAGUUACGUGUGAACGUUGAUAUUGUAUAUACUUUGUAUAUUUUACAUAGGAUACCAAUAAAUGUUUCUUUCUAUAUAACAAA